UCCCAUAUCUUUCUUCUAAAUGUUCUUAAGAAUACUUUACCGAUGUAAAAUGUCAUAAAGUGAAGAUACUAUUGAUCUUGGUUUCAGAUUUGUUUUGCUUUGAAGAAGAGAGAACAUGAAGCCAAUCUUGCUUGUUAUCUUGCUUUUCACUCUGCCAUUCAUCUCAGCGCGUAAACAUGAGUUGUCAGCUAAAAUAAUGCAACUCUCCACAGAUGAUUAUCAUCAUUACAACAAGAAGGUGGGGAAAUAUCGUGCAGUGAAUUUCAAUAGAAGGAUGUUGAAGGAAGUAUCUUACUCUUUUAUGGAAGAUGAUGAUAAUGAUGAUGAUAUUGGUGGUCGUCAUUCUUAUGCCAAGAAAAAUGUGGGUGCUGCAAGUCCCGUGCACAUGUUCAGACAUGGGUUCAGCUUUCGAAGUGUUCCUAGCCGCCCUAAUCCUAUACAGAACAGGUAUCGACCUGGCUCUGGUUGCUGAUGAAGUUCAUGGGAAGUGCUACGAGAUGGGCUGGAAGUACUAACUUAGACUUGCUGAAGUAUUGAUAAGGAUAAGACUUCAAACUCGAGUACUACACCAAAUAUGUUCUGUUAAAUGCUAGAAACACCAUUAUAUUUAUGCACAUAUUGAAUGUUCCUUCUCAAAUCUACUAUGUUGAACUUAAGCAUAACCUUCGUUCAAUACCUACUGUAAUUUUGUAGUAGUAAAACAUGUUUCUCGUCUACUAUAUAAUAGAAUAGAAACUACAGCACCUAAAGUGCUUAUGCCCUUUUAAAGGUUGUAUAUUGUUAUGAUUACUCCAUGAGUAGAACAACAAUGUAGUAAAGUAGAGCUUUUAAACUGAGAUACAUAUCAAUAUUCUAUAUUGAAAAUUUUGGUAGAUAUAUAUAUAUAUGGUCUUUUUAUGAUAUUUUUAAAA